AUGCUACGGCUGCUCAUGUCCAGUUGUGCCCGGGGCCUGGGAUCCCGAGUGGCCACGUGGCAUCCCUCUGUGGGGCUCCUCUGUCCUGGGCAACCCAGGAUUCUCCAGGUUUCAGAUGCCGCAGGUGCCCGGCGUCACCAGUCCUCCAGCUCUGAGUCACUGGUACAGCUGGUGGGCAUCUGCUCUAUGAUGCACCUGCGCUUGCAGUCCUCCCCAGAAGGGCUGGACGCUGCCUUCAUCGGUGUGCCUCUGGACACUGGGACCUCCAACCGGCCUGGGGCAAGAUUUGGACCCCAUCGCAUCCGGGAGGAAUCGGGGAUGCUGGGGGCUGUCAAUCCCAGCACGGGAGCCCUCCCCUUCCAGUCCCUCAAGGUUGCAGAUCUAGGCAAUGUGAAUGUCAAUCUUUACAACCUCCAGGACAGCUGCCGGCUAAUUCGAGAGGUCUAUCAGAACGUCUUGGAAGCCGGCUGCAUUCCUCUGACCUUGGGCGGAGACCACACAAUCACAUAUCCCAUACUGCAAGCCGUGGCAAAAAAGCAUGGCCCUGUGGGUCUAGUGCACGUGGGUGCCCACACCAACACAGCCGACAAAACGCUAGGGGAGAAGGUCUAUCAUCGGACAGCUUUCCGCCGAAGCGUGGAUGACGGACUGCUGGACUGUAAGCGGGUGGUGCAGAUCGGCAUCCGGGGCUCUUCCGUGACUUUGGAUCCCUACAGAUACAGUCGGAGCCAGGGCUUCCGUGUGGUCCUGGCUGAAGACUGCUGGAUGAAGUCAUUGGUUCCCCUGAUGGCAGAGAUCAGGCAACAGAUGGAGGGCAAGCCUCUUUACAUCAGCUUUGGCAUAGAUGCCUUGGAUCCUGCCUAUGCCCCGGGAACAGGGGCACCGGAAGUUGCUGGGCUUACCCCUAGUCAGGCCCUGGAGAUCAUCCGCGGCUGCCAAGGCCUGAAUGUGGUGGGCUGCGAUCUUGUGGAGGUAUCCCCACCGUACGAUCUCUCAGGCAACACGGCCCUCCUAGCAGCUAACCUGAUGUUUGAGAUGCUGUGUGCUCUCCCCAAAGUGACAACUGUCUGAGUCUGUGUUCUUCAAGACAAAACAGGCUGUCAUGACAAAGCCUUACGGACAUUUCAGCAAGCAGAGCAAGAACUAAGAAAAGCUGUCUGUGAAGAGUCACCACUGGCUGCAAAAAGGACGAUUCAGAGCACUAACCCAAACAGCUCAUGUUUCUCUCCCUUUUAA